AUGGCUCCCAGGCUCAAGGACGGCGAUGCCGUUGUUACUUUCAAUGGCAAAUGGGUUUCUUGGGCUCAUACAUUUUUCGCGUAUGCCGCGUUCUUCAGCGCCCUGAUUGUGGGAAUGUGUCUGCAUUUCAGGAAGAUUGUCCAAAACGAACACUACGGUUACCCCGACGAAUGGUUCCCUUCCGUAUCUGCAACCAUCGGCGAUCGAUAUCCCGAACGUUCUUUCUUCCAAGUCUUCAUCGCUAUCACUUCUGGUCCCCGGUUCGCUUUGGUGUUCCUCUGGUAUAUCCUCACUGCGCGGCCUAAUUCGUCUCUUCCGAAGAUUGUCGCUGGUGUUGGCAUUUUCCGGACUUUCACCUGUGGCGGUUGGACAUACGUUACAUCGACGGAUGACCAUGACUGGCACGACAUUUUCAUGAUCUCGUAUCUGGUUGCUACUCUGCCGUGGACGUUGGGUUGCCUGGCUCUCAGCCCUAACAACCGCCGCGCUGUGAAGUACCGGAAGGUCAUGGCCAGUCUUUUCUUCGGUACUUUGGUGCCGUUGAUCUAUUACUUUAUCCAGCACAAAGUACACAAAGUCCCUGGUGCUUACACCAAAUAUGCCUUCUUCGAGUGGUCCCUGAUUUUGUUCGACGUUGGUUUCGAUGCGGUCACCGCACUCGACUUUGAUGCGUUUGAACUUGUUGUGAGGGAUGUCAAAGGGGUCAGUAGAGGGCAGUUAAAGACGACCGCCGAUUCCGUUCUUGAGAAAGAGAAGGAUAAGCCUGUGGGAAACACAUUUGGCCAGGGCUUCUUCUGGACUGAGAUUAUCGAUGCGGCUGCUGAUACCUACAUUGGGUUCGUGCAUUGGUCACAAGUGACUGGACUUGGUGUCCUCGUUUGGUAUUUCCCUCUGUGGCACAUGGGUAUUUCUGGAUACGAGUUGGCUAUUGUGGGCUACUGCUCGCCUCUGCUCCUUGCCAUUCCGUCUCUGAGAGCUCUUGCCACCAAGAACCCCCGUCUCUUCCAGUUCCUUUCUCUGACAGGGCUGCUGGCAUUCAAUGUUCAGGACCCUGCCAAUCGGCUCUUCAUGGUUAUCUUUGCUGUUGUUUGCAGCUGCAUCGCAGUCUCUGCUACUAUGUUUGCGGAGAGAGGGCAAAGUAUCCGACUGGAAUCACGGAUCUUUGGCUGGGGAAUGGGAUUGAUCAUGUCCUCUAUCGCCAAAUUCGCAUUCAAGACUAACAAUCCCAUUUGGCCCAUUAUGCAUGCAGGUAAUGGCGGUUGGAACAAACUGGGAUUCUUUUUGGCCGUCCUCGCGGUUCUUCGGGCUAACAGAAGAGCGCCAACCUCCGGGGGAGACUAUUUCCCGACAAGCGGCAAGAAAGGUUCGUCCGUGCUGGCGGGCUUGGGUCUCGGUGGUCUUACAUUCGCUAUGCACUCAUUGUUGUCCGAUUCUAGCACCAUGAUCUCUUGGGUCUGGGAAGGAUAUCCAGUGAGAGGCCCUAUUUCUGUGCCGCAUGGUGCUCUCACUAUUUUCGCCAUGGGCGCUGGAUUGGUGUACGGCCUGUAUUACCCUGGAAUCGCCGGUAGCUGGACUGCAUACGGAAUCGCUUCGGUCGGUGCUGCGUUGGUUACAUACUUCAGCCACUGGACUGGAUUCUACGGUGGUCUUGUUCUUGCAUUCUACCUCUUAGCAGUUGCCCCGGUUCUGAUCUCUUCUGCUGUCCGACACUCUCCUGUUUCCACUUUCGGUAUCGGCUCCCUGCUCUAUAUUUUCUUGAUCCUCUUCCAUGUCUGGGUCGUUGCGUACGCUUUCGUUCCUGGAGGACCUCUUGUCCGGGAGCACAACGAUUGGGUUAUGAUCACUACGAUGCUCUCUAUUGGCGCUGGAGUGUUCUCUGCCGCGGUAUCGAAUUCCUCGGGCCCUAAGAACAAGCCCAUCAGCCCGAACGGCAGGAGACAGCGGUCCUACUACAUUUACGUUCUUGCCGCCUUGCAGCUUCUUUCCAUUGCAGUGGCCUACUUGCGUUUCCCGACCAACGAUUAUGUCCCUUACCACAAGGAUGACAAGGUUGUGACUGCCGGUAUCUGGACCGUUCACUUCGGCCUCGACAACGACAUGUGGUCAUCGGAGAAGCGUAUGCAAUCUGUAAUUGAGGAACUCGAGAUUGACGUCAUUGGUUUCCUUGAAUCUGACAACCAGCGUAUUAUUAUGGGCAAUCGUGACAUCACCCAGAAUCUCGCAGAGAACAUGGGCAUGUACGCUGAUUUCGGCCCUGGUCCUAACAAGCACACCUGGGGUUCGGCUCUGCUUUCCAAGUUCCCCAUAGUCAACUCGACUCAUCAUCUCCUUCCUUCGCCUGUUGGUGAACUGGCCCCUGCCAUUCAUGCCACUCUCGACAUGUACGGUGAACUGGUUGACGUUGUUGUCUUUCAUUCCGGUCAGGAGGAAGACCCAGAGGACCGCCGUCUCCAGACUGAGUACCUCUCGAACCUAAUGGGCAAGUCCCCACGUCCGCUCAUCCUGUUGAGUUACCUGGUCACCAAGCCUUUGGAGGGUAACUACAACACUUAUGUCAGCGAAUUGAGCGGCAUGAAGGACAUUGACCCUACUGACUGGGAUCGUUGGUGCGAGUACAUCCUGUACAAGAAGUUGAAGCGUACAGGAUAUGCUCGUGUUAGCCGGGACAGUAUUACGGAUACAGAGAUUCAGGUCGGCAAGUUCGUUAUUGGCGAGCCAGAGCCCGAGAACGAAAUGAUGAUUCCGGAGGAAAUGGUUCCUCAGGGCCGUCGGUUCCCAAGCUUGUUCCGCGGCCAAGGUGUCCGCGGUCACCGGUAUCACGUCUUCAACGAGCCCAAGUACUGGCAAUGA